CUGACCGUAUAAAUUCUUUUCAGUUGUCGCCGCGAAUUUUUUUUUUCUUUGUUUGUCUGCAGAUAUUAAGUGAAGAAGACAGAGACUGGUUUAGUUGACAGGCUGAAGAGAAGACGAGAAAUCUACUGUGAGAUGAUUUAGGUACUCUGAUUUGCCUGGGCAAUUGGUCAGUCAUGGAAUCUACAAGGAGCUGGUUUAAAAUUUUUCAACAAAGAACUGAUAAGGUGAAAGGUAAUCCUGCAAGCAAGAAAGAAACAGGAAGCGUAAAAUCCACUGGGAAGCCUCCAGUAGAUGAGGCCCCUUCAAGUAUCACCAAACAGAGGGUUGCUGCAGCAAAGGAAUACAUUGAGAAUCAUUACAAAGCUCAAAUGAAGAGUUUGCAGGACAGAAAGGAACGUCGGUGUAUCUUAGAGAGGGAGCUUGCAGAUGCUGAUGUUUCUCCAGAAGAGCAAAUGAAUGUACUCAAGUAUUUGGAGAAAAAGGAGACAGAAUAUAUGCGUCGUCAAAGACAUAAGAUGGGCGUUGAGGACUUUGAACUUCUGACAAUCAUAGGAAGGGGAGCAUUUGGAGAGGUUUUCUUUACUUUUGAGAUUGUUGUUAAAUUUUCUUGUAUUACUAUAGUUAUUGUCGAGAUAAUGAGGUAGGAUAAAUACGGUUGAUUUGUCGAAUUAGGUAUUUGAGGAUAAAAAUCUAUAUUUCAUACCUAGGGUUUCUUAGACAUCAUAUCUAAGAAGUUUUAAGCAUCACAUUUAAGACUUUGAUUGCAUCAUGCAACCAAAAAAAUAAGAAACUCUCAAAAAUAUUACUGAAUAACUGAAUAAUCAAUAAGUGAAAAAGGUUUAAAAUAUUGUACUAAAUCAGAGACAAGAAUAUUUUUGACAGUUUAAUAGUAUUGCUAACCCUACAGCCCAAUGCCCCUGCCAAACUAUCCAAAUCUCGCUCAGCUUCCAUUCUCAUCAUCUUUGAUUUAGCAAGAUUGAUGCUGAGCCCUGAGACCGCUUGAAAACCCAUAAAAAAACACCAGAGAUUGAGCAUAGCUCUCCUAUCCGGCUCACAAAACAGCAUAGCACUGUCAGCAAAAAUAAGUGCGUAACCUUUUCAGGCAUAACCCAUUCUGCAUCAGAUAAGGUGGUCAGUUUCCUUUUUUAUUGUGGUUUGUCACUGAAACCUUUAUAAGUUAUUCAUAUGUGGUUUCAGGAAAAGAAAGGUUGUUCUCUGUA